CCAAUUGUACAUGUGUGUCACUUGGUUAUAGCCGAAAAGAGUCCGUCUGCUUGUCUGAAUGUGUAACUGGCGGUUUAUGGCCGUAUGAUUACGGUAUCGUUCAAAUUACCCUCUCUCUUUACAGCAAAGCGGAUUUGAAGCGCACGUGCUAAUGUAACUAUAGCAGCGUCUUAAGCCAAGCGGAUCCGGACUGCGGCUUCUAAUUCGGUAAAUGCAGCUGGAUGCUUGGGAGGGGCUGACGCAGAUGACAGAGGACGGGAGUGGAGCCCUUCGGAUAAGCCCAGCCGUACUGGGUCAUAUUUAAAGCGCUCGCGGGCUGUCCAUGGGCACAGCCAUGACCAAGCCCGAGACGAAGAAGAGUGGCGUCGGCGGCAAGAGUUCCUCCGCCCCCGCUGUCAAGCAGGACGACAACGGCUCCCUGGAGGUCGGCUGUCCGGAUCCGAGCCCGUGCUGCAAAGCCAAGGUGAUGAGGCAGACGUCCAAGGAGAGCCUGCUGCACCGGAGGCACGCGGAGUGCGAGGUGUACGACGACGGGACCAACACCUUCUUCUGGCGGGCUCACACUCUAACGGUGCUCUUCAUCCUGACCUGCGCUCUGGUCUACAUCACGCUGUUGGAGGAGACUCCUCGUGACACAGCGUACAACACUAAGAGGGGCAUCGUGGCCAGCAUCUUGGUCUUCCUCUGUUUUGGAGUGACGCAGGCCAAAGAUGGACCUUUCACCAGACCCCACCCAGCUUACUGGCGGUUCUGGCUCUGUGUCUCAGUCGUCUACGAACUGUUCCUCAUCUUUAUCCUGUUUCAGACAGUUCACGAUGGCCGACAGUUCAUGAAGUACAUCGAUCCCAAAUUAGGGGUACCCCUCCCCGAGCGCGACUAUGGAGGAAACUGCCUGAUCUAUGACCCGGGGAACACCUCCGACCCCUUCCACAACGUCUGGGACAAAAUGGAUGGCUUUGUUCCAGCGCACUUCUUGGGCUGGUACAUCAAAACUCUGAUGAUCCGCGACUGGUGGAUGUGUAUGAUCAUCAGUGUCAUGUUUGAGUUCCUGGAAUACAGCCUGGAGCACCAGUUGCCCAACUUCUCCGAGUGCUGGUGGGACCAUUGGAUCAUGGAUGUGUUGCUGUGCAACAGUUUUGGAAUCUACUGUGGCAUGAAGACGCUGGGUUGGUUGUCCAUGAAGCCGUACCAGUGGCAGGGCCUCUGGAACAUUCCUACUUAUAAAGAUAAAAUAAAGCGAAUAGCAUUCCAGUUCACGCCGUACAGCUGGGUGAAGUUCGAGUGGAGGCCGGCGUCAAGCCUUCGCCGCUGGCUCGCUGUACUCGGCAUCAUCUUCAUGUUCCUCCUGGCUGAGCUGAACACCUUCUACUUGAAGUUUGUGCUGUGGAUGCCUCCUGAACACUACCUGGUGCUGCUCCGUCUCGUCUAUUUUGUCAACGUGGGAGGCGUGGCCAUGAGGGAGAUUUACGACUUCAUGGACGACCCGAAGUUCCACAAAAAGCUGGGCCAGCAGGCGUGGCUGGUGUCAGCAAUCACAGUCACAGAGUUCCUCAUAGUGGUCAAGUAUGACCCCAAAACCAUCAUGCUGCCCAUCCCCUUCUUCGUCAUGCAGUGCUGGUUUUUAGGAAUCUUCCUCAUAUUCAUCUGGACUCUGUGGCGGUUCUUCAUCCGUGACAUCACACUCCGCUAUAAAGAGACCCGCCGGCGCAGGCAGGAAGUCCGCGCCGAUUUGGACCGGCCUGUGGGUGACGGCAGCACAGCCGCCCCGUCUGGACGGAGCAAGCUGAACGGCAGCUCUGAGACGCUGCGGCAGAGGAAAUCCUGAGAGCGGAAAGGGGGCGGGGUCGCUGGGCAUCACGCCGCCACAGACGGCCAGGGAAGGACGGUUUUUACAGAAGGAGAUGUGUUACUUAGAGGCCAGCAGGUGGACACACGGUGCCGUUUAGGUUUGUUCUUGUGCCUACAUGAACCAAGUAGUGGUUAAGCCCAGGCAGAGUGGUCUGUUGUGUAGUUAGUUUAACCCGAGCAUGGACCUCGUUCUGCUACUUCUUCUUUCUAGACAAACAUUCGUGAAGUUGUGCACAGGAGAUGAAGCAUUUUUGAGGGGUGGGGACGGGGGCGGUGUUAUGGAAGGGUUGUGGAAUCUACACUUUUGACUAAAACUCAAUAAUUUCCUUUUUCUCAGCGGCACUUUAUCUAAAGAAGGGGACAGGGGCUUCAGAGUCCACGCCUGAAAUAAUGUUUGUGGUGCAAGUGAGAAAAGGAGUGUUUUAAAGCUCAUUUCUACUGAUUGAAGUGACUGAUCUGGAUUCUGUUGGUACACUGCUGUGCAUUUGUUCCUGGGGGGGAAAUCUGUUACGUUUGUGGAGCCGCAAUGACACGUUUCUGUUGCUGCACAUUUGCAGUAGUAGGUACAUGAAAUGUUUAUUUUGUUUACAUGAGGAAAACGAUUGGUUUGUGAGUCUGGGGGUGUUUCUUAUUUCUUAUUUUUUUGUCUGACAUUGAAAGCAGCACUGACCAAAAGCCAUUCUCUCCUCUCAGGCUUUGCUUUAAAAAAAAAAAAAAAAAAGAUUUUGAGAGGUGAGAAACAAAAAUCAGACGGCUUUACUGACUUUUUUUUAAGCUGAAGUAAGCUUUAGAAAUGGGAUGUUUCUUCUUUUUUUUGUGUAGAUUUUACAGUUUAUUUAAAACGAACAAAUGUCAGACUUGUGAGAAACACUAGAUCGUGUUGGUGUCAGACUCCGGACGCUCUCACUGACAGUUGCAGCUCGUUCAGCCAUUUCUCAGUAGGAAAUGUGCUUUUGUCCCCCCAAAAAAUAUAUGGAGAUGAAAAUGGUUUAACCGGAAGCCUCCUUUAUUUUGUGAGGAGGUAAAAAAUGGGGUUAAAGCUCACAAACACAUCAAUAAAAAAGUGCUGUUCAGCAGACCCAAUGUAGUUUUCCUUUAGAAUGGAGCUGCUCCUUCAUUCUCAGCAGCUAAGAUCCAAUGUAGGUUUCUUUUUCUCGUUGUGACCAAAAUGAAUCUGUUCGCCUCUUUAGAUGUGGAGUCAGGCUGAUGUCAUUGAUUUUUCCAAUCAAAAUGUGACAUAAUCUGCUGUUCUAAUGAAAAAGCUUUUAUUUUAUGGUAAACUGACCUUUUUGUUCUUGCUAUGUCGUCAUUUUUCCAAAAUAUGAUUCUUGUUCGCAUUUUAAAAUCCUUGGAAUAUUUUGUUGUCAAAAUAAGUAUUUAUUAUUCUCUGCCGUCUUAAAUCACUUGACUUUUAUUCCUGUAUUUGCCUCUUAAUUGAAAGCAGAUCGGGGGGUUGCUCUGCAAAUGUGGGCUUGUCUGUUGAAAAGCUUAAAUCAAUGGAAAAAAUGCAAUUUACCGCGAAAUUGAAACAAAAUUGAGCCAUGAAGGAACUAUUUUAGUGGGGUAGUUUCCCCUUUUAGCCACAUGGUGGCAGUAUAUGUUUGGAUGGUUCGGCCUUGUCAGGUCUCAAUGAUUGACAUCUCGCUGUAAAUGCCAUGGUGGGAGAAUUCACUUUCAGGACUUAAAAAAAUUCACAUCUGCUGCUGCUCAGUGUAAUUUUUUUAAAAACAUUUUCAAUAAAAUCUAUGGGAAGUUUGUUGGUUUACUUA